AGAGCACUGUCUCCAUAGCCCAAGGCUGUGGGCAGCUGGCCAAGCUUUCCUCUAUAAAAGCAGCUGAUACUUAGCUUCACACAUCCUUUGUCAGCUUCGUCUCUGGGACAUCGUGUGAAAGGAAAUCUUUAGUGACAAUGCUGACUGAAUUGGAGAAGGCCUUGGCCAGCCUCAUUGACACCUACCACGUUUAUUCCAGUAUAAAAGGGAAUCACCAUGCCCUCUACAAGGAUGACUUUAAGAAAAUGGUCACUACUGAGUGUCCUCAGUUUGUGAAGAAUAAAAAUGCUGAUAACUUGUUCAGAGAGUUGGACGUCAAUAGUGACAAUGCAGUUAACUUCGAGGAGUACCUUGUGAUGGUGAUAAAGAUGGGCGUGGAAGCCCACAAAGCCAGCCACAAUGAGUAGCAGAACUUCUAGCCUGGGGUUGGGCUCCUGGACAUGUCUACAGAAUAAAGUUGUCAUAUCUCA